UAUAUAUAUAUAUAUAUAUAUAUAUCUCUGCUGAUUCACACGAUCACGAAUUCACUUCGUACACCGAUUUUCUGCAUUUUACUUCAUCAAGCUGAAAGCAAUUUCAGUUUAGUCCUUAUUCAUCAUAUUCGAGUGAAUUGGAUUUCGUAAAUUCAAUCGUUGAGUUUGUGAAUCGUUAAGAGUUUUUAGGGAUUCGUUUAAAUUAGGUUUAUGCUAAUGUGAUAUAGUUAAUUCUUUUUUGGGGGGAAUUUUAGGCUUUUGUGUUCUCCUUAUUGGAGAAGGUAGGAAAAAUGAAGCCUAUGGAGACUAUACAAGAUCUUAUUGAAGAAGCAAAGCUUCGGACAGUGUGGUGGGCACUUUGUAUAUUCGCUGUCUCUUACUUCUUAACACACACUAGUAAAUCAAUGUGGAUGAACAUACCCAUAGCUGUACUUUUAGUUUCUGGAUUACGGAUUUUGUUAAAUGAGGUGGAGUUUCAUUGGAAGGUUCAAAAAGGCCCGCGGCCUACAUAUUUGUCGCAUUUGGAAAAGAAGCAGUUGUCCGUUAAUGAUUCCCGCCUUUCUACUUCACCUCCUCCGCCUAAAUGGAAGAGGAAAAUUGAUUCUCCCAUUGUGGAGGCCGCGAUAGAGGAUUUUGUAAACAAGCUUAUGCAGGAUUUUGUUGUGGAUCUUUGGUACUUUUCUAUAACCCCUGAUAAGGAUGCACCUCAGUUAAUUCAUGGUAUAAUCAUGGACGCCCUUGGUGAAGUGUCUGGACGAGUCAAAGAGAUAAAUCUUGUUGACUUGUUGACUAGGGAUGUUGUAGACCUUGUAGGUGAUCACAUAGAUCUUUUCAGACGAAACCAGGCGACAAUAGGAGUAGAUGUUAUGGGCACUUUAUCUUCUGAAGAAAGGGAUGACAGAUUGAAACAUCAUCUAUUGGCUUCAAAGGAGCUUCACCCUGCUUUGGCAUCUGCUGACUGUGAGUACAAGUAUCUUCAACGGCUCAUGGGUGGUGUCUUAGCCGUGUUGCUUAGACCGAGGGAAUCCCAGUGUCCCCUUGUUCGAUGUAUUGCCAGAGAGAUUUUAACUUGUUUGGUGAUGCAACCAGUUCUGAACUUGGCCAGUCCAUGGUACAUUAAUCAAUUAAUUGAAAGUAUUUUGAUUGCCCUAAAGGAUGGCUUGGCAGAGGGCGGUCUUGAUCAGUCUAUAAAUGCUGGAAGUCAAAACAAGGAUCAUUCUUUUGGUGGAGACUCUGUUAAAACUAGUGAAUCUGUCAGGAAAAAGAGUGCAGCUUCAAACAAUCAAGGAACGGAUGUGGCAUUUUUGCAAAUAGACAGGCAAAGAUUGCCAUCCUUUGAUACUCAAGAUGGUUCUGUCUCAAAUACGGUCACAGAUGAGCCUACUCAUUCAAGGUCAGGGGAUUGGGCCCGAGCCCUUGAGGCAGCAACCCAGAGAAGAACAGAAGUUUUGACGCCUGAAAAUCUUGAAAAUAUGUGGGCCAUUGGAAGAAAUUACAAAAAGAAACUCCAAAGUAAUGUUCCUGGUAAAAUUCAGGCCCCUGCACUCACUGGUUCAGUAAACAGAGAAAUGCUCACAAAAGACAGUAGGAAUGAAGGAUUAUCUGGGAAGUCUGAAUCACAUACCUCAAUGGGGGAGAGAAGCAUGUUGCAAUUACCGCCAAAGCCUAAUGCAGACACUGGGCUUGGUAAUCGUAGUCUCCAUACAGAAGUAUCUUCCAGGGAAGGGACUGAUGCAAGUACUAGUGGCGGAGUUGAGACUUCUGGUAGGCUUAGAAGAUCAAACAGCACUUCUGAUUUGGUGGUUCAGUCAAAGGUGAAAGAUCAAUUUGCCAGUACUGGUGGAACAAUUAUUUCAGAUUAUUAUAUUCCAAACUCUUCUAGACAUAAUGAAGUUCGUAGCGUCAAGUCUGGACUUGAUAUGGUAGUCCACGGCGAGACAGGGCUUACUCCAAAGCUCAAGUGCCGGGUUGUUGGUGCAUACUUCGAGAAAAUUGCAUCAAAAUCUUUUGCAGUUUAUUCGAUAGCAGUGACUGAUGCUGAUAAAAACACUUGGUUUGUGAAAAGAAGGUACCGGAAUUUUGAGAGAUUGCAUCGACAGCUAAAGGAUAUUCCUAACUAUACACUACACUUGCCUCCUAAGAGAAUUUUCUCGUCAAGCACUGAGGAUACUUUCGUCCAUCAGCGUUGUAUCCAGCUUGACAAAUAUCUUCAAGAUCUAUUGUCAAUUGCAAAUGUUGCUGAACAACAUGAAGUUUGGGAUUUUCUGAGUGCAUCCUCAAAGAAUUACUCUUUUGGAAAAUCACCAUCCGUGAUGAAAACACUGGCUGUUAAUGUCGAUGAUGCCAUGGAUGAUAUUGUGCGACAGUUCAAAGGAGUUUCUGAUGGCUUCAUGAAGAAAGUUGUUGGUUCACCUUCCUCUUUGUUUGAUCCUGCGUUAGCGGCAUCAGUUCCUGGCAGGCAUGUUUCCUGGAAUGCAGAUGAUAUGAACAAGCUAGCUUUGACACAAAGUGCUUCAGAGUCAGUGAACAGUUUUUCUGAUAAUGACGAAGUUGAUAAGGAUGGCCAUCACACAGAAGAAGCAGAAUCCAGUGAGCAAGCUAAUGGUUGGCACUCAGAUAAUGAGCUAAAUACGAAAGGGUUUCCUCCACGGGUGGUUAAACGUGAUGAUGAUUUUGGAAACUUAGAAGUUGAGAAGAAACAUGGUCCGGCGGUAUUUUCAGAACCUCUUGGGCAGGGUAAAGUUCCAGACUUAAGCUUGAUACUUGCAUCCAGUAAUCUGGAGGAUCCAGUAGGGGUGCCGCCAGAGUGGACUCCUCCGAAUCUCAGUCUUCCUAUGUUGAAUCUAGUAGACAACAUUUUCCAGCUCAAGAAAAGAGGCUGGUUAAGAAGACAGGUGUUCUGGAUAUCAAAGCAAAUUUUGCAGUUAAUGAUGGAGGAUGCCAUUGAUGACUGGCUUUUGAGAGAAAUUCAUUGGCUUCGCAGAGAUGAUGUCGUUGCUUAUGGUAUUCGAUGGGUUGAGGAUAUCCUCUGGCCAGAUGGCAAGUUCUUCUUGAAAUUGAGUAUUCAAAGUGGAAUGGAUGAUGAGGGCUCUGUCCAAAUUGAAUCAACUGCAAGUAAAACCUCUAGACCUGGGUCUUUUGAGCAACAGCUUGAGGCUGCUCGCCGAGCCAGUGAUGUGAAGAAGUUGCUCUUUGAUGGUGCCCCAUCCGCAUUGGUCAGUUUGAUAGGGCAUAAGCAAUACCAUCGCUGUGCUAGAGACUUAUAUUAUUUCCUUCAGUCCACCAUUUGCUUGAAGCAACUUGCCUUUGCAAUACUUGAGCUCGUAAUUGUGUCAAUUUUCCCGGAGCUGCGGGAUCUCGUGGUGGAAAUCAAUGAGAAGAUGCGUGCUGAAUUAUAGAGGGGCAUUUUUAUUUUUUUUUAAAAUUUUUUUUUUUUGGUUUUAGGCCCAAUUUUGUCACGGUUCAGUUCCUACCUACUGUAACGUGGUAGCUAGGUUUUAAACCCAAUUAAGAUACAUAGACAAUACCAGAAAUGUUGUUUGUGAGAUCUUUAACUUAGUGAUGGAUGGUAAGAAUGUGCAUACUAGGUGUACAAAAGGAGUCUUUAGGUGGUGUACAUGAGUGGUGGGACUGUAAAGCUUUCAGUUAUUUAUCAUCAUUUGUAAUUAGUCUCUCCAGUUUCGUGCUGGGCGUUUAGCAAUCAAAUAUUACCAUUUUUUUUUUUAAUGAAAAUCCAAUUUUAGUAAUUAGUCUCUCCAGUUUCGUGCUGGGCGUUUAGCAAUCAAAUAUUACCAUUUUUUUUUUUAAUGAAAAUCCA